AUGACUGAAGAUAGCAAGAACAUGACUGAAGAUAGCAAGAACAUGACUGAAGAUAGCAAGAACAACAUGACUGAAGAUAGCAAGAACAUGACUGAAGAUAGCAAGAACAACAUGACUGAAGAUAGCAAGAACAUGACUGAAGAUAGCAAGAACAUGACUGAAGAUAGCAAGAACAACAUGACUGAAGAUAGCAAGAACAUGACUGAAGAUAGCAAGAACAACAUGACUGAAGAUAGCAAGAACAUGACUGAAGAUAGCAAGGACAACAUGACUGAAGAUAGCAAGGACAACAUGACUGAAGAUAGCAAGGACAACAUGACUGAAGAUAGCAAGAACAACAUGACUGAAGAUAGCAAGAACAACAUGACUGAAGAUAGCAAGAACAACAUGACUGAAGAUAGCAAGGACGACAUGACUGAAGAUAGCAAGAACAACAUGACUGAAGAUAGCAAGGACAACAUGACUGAAGAUAGCAAGAACAACAUGACUGAAGAUAGCAAGGACAACAUGACUGAAGAUAGCAAGAACAACAUGACAGAAGAUAGCAAAAACAACAUGACUGAAGAUAGCAAGGACAACAUGACUGAAGAUAGCAAGGACAACAUGACUGAUGAUAGCAAGAAACACAUGACUGAAAAUAGCAAGAACAAUAUGACUGAAGAUAGCAAGAACCACAUGACUGAAGAUAGCAAGAACAACAUGACUAAAGAUAUCAAGAACAACAUGGCUGAAGAUAGCAAGAAACACAUGACUGAAGAUAGCAAGAACAACAUGACUGAAGAUAGCAAGGACAACAUGACUGAAGAUAGCAAGGACAACAUGGCUGAAGAUAGCAAGAACAACAUGACUGAAGAUAGCACGAACAUGACUGAAGAUAGCAAGAACAACAUGACUGAAGAUAGCAAGAACAUGACUGAAGAUAGCAAGAACAACAUGACUAAAGAUAGCAAGAACAACAUGACUGAAGAUAGCAAGGACAACAUGACUGAAGAUAGCAAGGACAACAUGACUGAAGAUAGCAAGAACAUGACUGAAGAUAGCAAGGACAACAUGACUGAAGAUAGCAAGAACAACAUGACUGAAGAUAGCAAGAACAACAUGACUGAAGAUAGCAAGGAUAACAUGACUGAAGAUAGCAAAAACAUGACUGAAGAUAGCAAGGACAACAUGACUGAAGAUAGCAAGAACAACAUGACUGAAGAUAACAAGGACAACAUGACUGAAGAUAGCAAGAACAACAUGACUGAAGAUAGCAAGGACAACAUGACUGAAGAUAGCAAGAACAACAUGACUGAAGAUAGCAAGGACAACAUGACUGAAGAUAGCAAGAACAUGACUGAAGAUAGCAAGAACAACAUGACUAAAGAUAGCAAGAACAACAUGACUGAAGAUAGCAAGGACAACAUGACUGAAGAUAGCAAGGACAACAUGACUGAAGAUAGCAAGAACAUGACUGAAGAUAGCAAGGACAACAUGACUGAAGAUAUCAAGAACAACAUGGCUGAAGAUAGCAAGGACAACAUGACUGAAGAUAUCAAGAACAACAUGACUGAAGAUAGCAAGAACAACAUGACUGAAGAUAGCAAGGACAACAUGACUGAAGAUAGCAAGAACAACAUGACUGAAGAUAGCAAGAACAACAUGACUGAAGAUAGCAAGAACAACAUGACUGAAGAUAGCAAGAACAACAUGACUGAAGAUAGCAAGAACAACAUGACUGAAGAUAGCAAGAACAACAUGGCUCAAUAA